AUGCAGCUCCUGCUGUCUCUGACCAGUGUUAUUCUCUGUUGUGGACUCGUUUUCGCCUACGAUGAAAGUGAAGAAGACUCCCACAGCUACGAGCACAGCGAGAGCCACUUCGAGAAACAUUACUUCAAGCCACCAAAAGUGAAAACGAUCGUCAAAACGAUACACAAGCCGUUCGCGGUGCCGCAUCAUGUCCCCGUACCGCAUGUGAUCGAAAUUCAGAAGAAAGUUCCGAUCUACAAGAAAGUGCCCGUUUACAAACACAUUCCGGUUCCGCAUAUCGUCAACAAGUACUACACAGUGCACAAAACCGUGAAUGUACCGAAAUACGUUCCCGUUCCCGUGAAAGUGCCCGUGAAAAAGCCGUUCCCCGUGCCGAAAGUGAUCAAAGUGCCGAAGCCAUACGUGGUCAACGUGCCGAAACCUUUCAUCGUGCACAAACCGUUCGCGGUGCCCGUCGAGGUAAGGAUUCCAAAACCGUACGUCGUCACCGUACGCAAACCGUACCCGAUGUUUAUAAAGAAGCGAAUUCCCGUGAUCAUCCCCGUAAUCAGAGAAAAGAAGGUGACCAUCAAAAAACCUGUGCCGAUCCACAUAGAAUCGCAUGGAAAUGAAGAAAUUGACUUGCAUGGCGCCUUCACUGGUCAACUAGAACAGCAGAUGCCUCCACAGAAACAACAGCAACAGCAAUCCGAUAACGGUUUUCCGUCGAACUUCCUCCAAGGCGAGGAAAAUCAGAUCACGGCGGAACGGAGAACCGGUCUAGAAACUUUCCUGAGUUGGUUCAGAAGGCAUGAGGAUAGGUCGUUCAACGGGAUCCGGACGACGACGGGACAUGGUUUUGUGUAA